AUGUAUCCAACGAUGGCAAAUGUUGACCGUUGGACCCUGGCGUAUGGCGUCUUGGCUCUGAUUGGUGCUACGACACUCUUCAACAUGGCCUACAACAUCUUCUUCCAUCCGCUGCGGUCCUUCCCCGGCCCGUUCUGGCACCGAGCUUCCCGCCUUCCGUUCGCAUGGGACGCGAUUCGAGGCAAUAAUGCCCGGCAUAUGUACGACAUGCAUCAAAAGUACGGACGUGUGGUACGCGUCGGGCCGAACCACCUGUCCUUCACCGACGUCCAGUCCUGGAAGGACAUCUACGGCCACCGGACGGGAGCCCAACACUCGCAGACGCCCGAGCAUGCCAAGAGCACCGUCUUCUACCGCAGCAUCCCCAACGUAGCCAAACACAUCAUCAACGCCGACCGUAGCGAGCACACCCUGCUUCGCCGCGCCAUGUCGCACGGCUUCAGCGACAAGUCCAUUCGCAACCAGGAAGUGCUGAUCAAGCGCUACGUCGACCUGCUGGUGAAGCGCCUGCACGAGAACUGCAGCGAUGGCGAGAAGCCGCUCAACAUGGUACCCUGGUACAAUUGGACAACGUUUGACAUCAUCGGAGACCUCGUAUUCGCCGAGUCGUUUGGCUGCCUGGAGGAGCAGCGCUAUCACCCCUUUGUGCACAUGAUCAUCAAGACCAUCGCUGUGGGCGGCAUCAGGGUCUUCACCGGCUAUUUGAACUUGGACUUUGUCGCAAACUUCAUGAUGGUUAUCAGCUCUUUCCAGAGGCCUUUUCUGGAGCUGAUCGAGGGCAUGCACGUCAAGCUAAAGAAGCGCCUUGAGAAUCCCGUCGAGCGCGAUGACCUUUUCGAGGGUCUGAUGAAGCAUCGCAAGGAUUGGGCAACCCCAACCAGAACAACACUAACUCAAACACCUCAGAACCUGGAGAUGAAAAGCCUGCAAUCCAAUGCCGUCAUCAUCGUGGUGGCUGGGUCCGAGACGACUGCCACGCUCCUCAGCGGCGUGACAUACCUCCUGCUGUCAAACCCUGAAGCGAUGGAGAAGCUGAAGCACGAGGUGCGGUCGACGUUCAAACGGGCCGACGAGAUCACGUUCGCGUCGGCAGGGAAGCUGCAGUACAUGCUAGCGUGCCUCAACGAGGCGCUGCGGCACUACCCGCCGGCGCCCAUCAACCUGGUGCGCGACGUGGCGCCGGGCGGCGCGGUUAUCGCCGGCCACGCCGUGCCCGAGCGCACCAUGGUCGAGAGCAGCCAGUGGGCCAUGUACCACGACGACGAGUACUGGCGUGAACCCUGGGCCUUCAAGCCCGAGCGCUUCCUCGUCGACGAGUCCACGGCCGACGGGACCGAGGGCGAGGCAAGAGACAUGUUCGAGGCGCUGCAGCCGUUUAGCUACGGGCCACGCAACUGCAUUGGGCGCAACCUCGCCUACGCCGAAAUGCGCCUCAUCCUCGCCCGCAUCAUCUUCGACUUUGACCUGCGCCUGGCCGAUGACAGCAAGCUCUGGAUUGAGCGGCAAAAGACGUAUGGACUCUGGGACAAGCUGCCCCUUAAUGUUUACCUCACACCCGUCGACCACUCGGCCACCACCCCCGUGCCCGUUGCCGUGUAGGGACAUGCACAUCAUGUAUCUUACAAUUGGGGCUCAUUAUCUCGUGAAUUCGAAGAUAUCUAUUUCCUUGACUUUGAGAAAACAUUUCGCUCGCAUGUGCAUCGUUUCUACUUUACCAUUUAAGACGGGAUGGCUUUCGGACUUUCUUUCGUUUUUUCCUUCUUUAAACAGCCAAAUUAACGAAUCAAUUGGAGUGUUUUAACUGUUCUACCAUAUACGCCUCUAUUUCUAGCAGUGUCCUUGCAUCAACGUAGUGCCCC